CCAGCUCUGCGCAGUUUUUGUCUUGUUUGGCGCAUUUUGUCCCAUUUUCACUCAUACGGAAGGUAAACAUUCAACAAAUAUAUGAGUGUGCGUGAGAAUUGCAACUGGAGUAUAAAUUUAUGCUCCCGAUAAGAAGGCACAACAAGACCUGUCAAAUACCAUAUUGAAAAACUAUGAUGUCAUCCCUCUGGGUGGAAAGUGUUGUUGUCAAAAUCCUUCCUGGACUCUGGUCGGAAGUUCGUUUCGGUCCGCUCUGAGGUGGAAAAGUGGAAAACCCAUCAGAGGGAAAACUAACCGUUCCGUGGUGCGCGCUUCAUUUCGUGUAUCGCAGAAUGUUUAUUGUGACGGGAAGUUAAUCGGAUGCAUUUUUCGGCAUGAAAAUGGAACCGUUUUUGUUUUGAUCAGCUAGUGCGCGAUGGUUUUGUUUGUUUUCGAUCGAAGAAGUCUGAUGUCUGCGGAUGCAGUUUUCAAAUCUGACAGUUCGUGUUCGACAUUUGAAAAUUUUUGCUCCCCUCUUUUCGAGUGAGCACAGAAGAAUAUCUCGAGAGUGAAAAAGUUCUCCAUGUUUGAUUCGAGGUUCGGAUUUUAGGUGUGUUUAGGUGAAGAAAAUUGAAAUUUAAGCGGGUUUUUAGGGUGGAAAUUGUUGCCAAAGUGUGCAGAAAAUGUGCGGUGACAAUUUGACACCGAAUUUGGUUGUCGUGGGCGAGAGUUGAGGGCUGAAAUUACUGUUUGAAAAAGUACUUAUUAAUUAGGGCUCAGCCCCGAAAAGUGACGACCACCCACUGGAAGAAGAUUAGAAAGGAUAAUAAUUGGUGGAAGUGUAUAAAAAGCACUGACUUGGCUUGGAACUUUUACAUUGGGUUGAAUUGGAAGAAAAAUUGAGAAAUUCGUCGAGAUGGACGUGGAUUCGCCAAAUUCGCUGAAAAGAUGUUCCAGCGCCCCACAGAUAAACAAUUUACUGCCCUCGGCAGUUGUUGGCGUAAAUCAUCCCGUAGUGCCAAUGGAUGAAGGACAAUCACAACAGGACAAUUCCGUUGCGGGUUCAGGACAACAGACGUCCACACUGCGCCAGACUAAUCCCAUUAACAAUGGCAACAACAGCACCAAUAACAAUACUUUGUUCCUACAGCACCAACAUCAAUCUCCGAAUCAUCUUCAGUCGAUGUCGUCUUCCAGCGCUUCCAAUCUUCAUACCACCGGUUCAAUCAUACACAGGGAUCCUCCUCCAACUUCCUUUUCUAAUAUAUUCACCCGUACGCGUCGAUUCUCGGCCAGUUUUAGCCCGUUGGCGGUAAUGUCCAAUGGCAGUUCUAGUCCCAGCCGGUCCGGCAGUUGCACCCCGGGGCCCCGCCUAACGCCCCGGAUAUCCCAGCUGCGGCAGGAGGAAUGCGCCGACCUGAGCAAUAGCCGGGAAGUCAACCAUGAACGGGAAGUCCACUCGGCCAUGCAGAUGUCCCAGAGCUACGAAGACCUGACGCUGGUCACGGAGAAUUGGUCCUUCUCGUCCGGUGCCAAAAACAAUGACGACCUAGGCAAUCCGCUGCAUGUCGCGCUGCCCUCGAUUGGAACCAGCUACUGCUCUAGUCCUUCGCCCACCAGCCGUGGUGGUCUUGGGUUACAGUAUCCCACCACAUCGCCGUCGCCGACGAGGAAGUUUGUCACCCGGCGGUCGAUGUCGCCCUGCCCGAUCAGACCCAGCCCACUCAGCUCGUCAGUGAAGAGGAAGUUCGAUCUGGACGAUAACUACGGUAACUGCUGCUCUCCACCACCGCUGAAGAAAAUCUUCACAUCGGAGAGGGGUUCAUCACCGAGUUGUCAGACUCCUUCCCCGUCUCCAAUCUGCGCCAGUCCGGACUCUUCCACAGCAUCGUUCGAAAACGGUAGCAAUAACGCUUCCAGUAGCGGUCGAAUAACGCCAAAGUUCUUCGUCACUAAGUUGGCAUCCGGACAGCUUAGCUUACCCAGCAGCCUGACACCGAAUACGGGCGGAUCCCAUCCUGGUGGUGUUGCUGGACUCAACACAGCCAAUAGUGCCCCAACACUCCCUCUCCACACAGAUUCACCGCCUUCGUCCUCGUCCUCGUCGUCCCUGAUGAUGAUGGAUUGCGGAGUAAGCAGCAGUAGCGGAGUCCAUGUCCAAUCAGAUACAGCGGCCAAACGGCUCCCACUGGAUGCCACGGUCAGUAGCUCAGCUGGGGAAGCUAAAAUUGACUGCGAUGAAGACAUUACCGAUUUGAAUGCCGUGGCCAGCAGUUCCAGCAUGGCCACAACAGAGUCUUCCGAGGCAAUGAUGGAGGAAGUCCUGAAGACAACCCGAGCCCUGGAGGAGCGAACAGAGUCUGAGCUUCUGGACAGUAGCAGUAGCGUGAGCAAUAGUCAUAGGCUUAGCACCGGAAGCAUUAGUAUUGCUAGCAAUGAUAACAACAGCGAAAGCAACAGUUCUCUCUGCCCGUUGGCGUUCGGGCCGGGUGUAAUAGCCAGUGCGGGGGCAACCAAUGGAACUGGAACAUACCUGCCAAGCAAUAUCGAAAUCGCUGAGACUUGAACGGGUUUGACUAAAGAGAGUGUUCCAAUAAUCUGCUGGGACAAAAGUACACACAUACAUAGAGCAUCCCACAAGUAUCACACACCCACACCAUUACACGCUUAGGAAAACCGAAGAACGCUUCGUUUUCCAACUUAGUUUCUCUUCUCUUUACUUUUGUAUAGGUAGCUUAGCUUUAGGGCCAUCGGAAAUUAUUUUUCCGUUUCGAAUAUAAGAGGGACGAACCUGCGUGUCUAAUACCAUUGUUUCGAGAGUUGUUACAUACUAAAUGUAGAUAGUUGGUAGACAAAACCUUAGGAUGAUAUUCACAUUCAAAGCACACAAUACACAUACGCGACAUAACUACAGAAACCAAACUAGAUCGUUACAGAACCAGUUUAGAAUGCACUUUGGAAUAGUUAUGCACUGCAGAAACAAAAGUUGUCCCCUCGAGUGGCAUUUAUCAUGUCGACACACCCAAAACUCACAUAUCUCACAGGAAACAGUUUCCCCAAAAGAAUAGCGGAAAAGUUAAUGGCUUUUCGGUCGAAAAAACUGAAACCAGUAACGCCAAUAACCCCACAACAAGCACUGCAUAUUAUAUUUACCAUUUCACACUAAUAGAGUACAGUUUCAUCAAUACCAAAUGAAUGAUAAUCGAUAACGGAUCCUGCAUAUAGUUGAGACAUACGAAUUGCUGCUAUAGCCCUUCGAUCCCCAAUUGAAGAUGAUUCUCAGAAAAUGCACAAUAUAAUAGGAAAGCAAUAAAAACAUGUACGCUAAUUGUAUAAAAAACAAGCGGCCCCUAGUGCCGCAAAAUUGUGGAAAAGUGAUGGAAACAUUUUGCACUUCAAGUUUUUUUUCGAUUAAUUCGUUUGUUGUUCUGUGAUGAUGUUCAUUUGUCUCGUGUUUCCGUGUUUUUUUUUUCGCCUCAAUCACGUUUGGUGCGAAAAUUGUCGAAAAGUUUAGUUUUAGUAGCAGCCGGGCUUUAGCUGCCCCUGCAGUGGCAGGGUUUGAGAAUGAAAACGGAAAAAUUCUCUUCGUUUAGUUGUUCAGAAUUCAAUUUACCGAAUGUCGUUCUUUCUUAUGAAUAACCGUAAUUGAGGAAAAUAAAUUUAACAUUGUGUAUGAAUUUAAUCCAACCUAGAGUUAGAGUUAGUUGAAUUAAACAAAGUGAUAAUAAAGUAAAAUACGUGAAUUU